GCUGGUAGGGUCUGGGAGAGAGGAUCUCGCGAGUCUUGGAGUUUUGGUGAGAGUUGGUGGAAGAUGGCGCCUGUUGUGACAGGGAAGUUUGGGGAGCGCCCUCAACCACAGCGCCUGACAAGUCAGUUUUCAUCGCAGUAAAGAAGAAGAAGAAGAAGAAAAAAAGGAACACUCUCCAUAAAAUAAAAAAAAACCUUUGGAUUGUUGGAGGACGAUUUGUUGGACGUGGUUUGAAUAGCGGCGUCGGAAUCCAUUGUUUCCAUACAAAAGCUCAGAGAAGCCAUGCGGAAUUACCUGAAGGAACGAGGAGACCAAACUGUGCUCAUUCUACACGCUAAAGUUGCACAGAAAUCAUACGGCAAUGAAAAAAGGUUUUUCUGUCCUCCUCCAUGUGUGUAUCUGAUGGGCUGUGGAUGGAAGAAGAAGAGAGAGCAAAUGGAGAGAGACGGCUGCACGGAGCAGGAGUCCCAGCCCUGUGCCUUCAUUGGCAUCGGCAACAGCGACCAGGAGAUGCAGCAGCUAAACUUGGAGGGGAAGAACUAUUGCACAGCAAAAACAUUGUACAUCUCAGACUCAGACAAACGCAAGCACUUCAUGCUGUCGGUGAAGAUGUUUUACGGGAACAGCACAGACAUCGGAGUCUUCCUCAGCAAGAGGAUCAAAGUCAUCUCCAAACCCUCCAAAAAAAAACAGUCCCUCAAGAACGCUGACCUCUGUAUAGCGUCAGGAACAAAAGUGGCAUUGUUUAAUCGGCUUCGCUCUCAGACAGUCAGUACACGUUACCUGCACGUAGAGGGAGGAAACUUUCAUGCCAGUUCACAGCAGUGGGGAGCCUUCUACAUCCACCUCUUGGAUGACGAGGAGUCAGAGGGGGAGGAGUUCACUGUGCGAGACGGCUACAUUCACUAUGGCCAAACUGUCAAACUCGUGUGCUCUGUGACGGGGAUGGCUCUGCCUAGACUGAUCAUCCGUAAGGUGGAUAAGCAGACCGCCUUGCUGGAUGCAGAUGACCCAGUCUCUCAGCUGCAUAAGUGUGCCUUUUACCUGAAGGAUACAGAGAGGAUGUACCUGUGCCUUUCUCAAGAGAGGAUCAUCCAAUUUCAAGCCACUCCAUGCCCAAAGGAACCAAAUAAAGAGAUGAUUAAUGACGGUGCCUCCUGGACAAUCAUCAGCACUGAUAAAGCAGAAUACACCUUCUAUGAGGGCAUGGGCCCUGUACACACACCUGUAACACCUGUGCCUGUGGUCGAGAGCUUACAGUUAAAUGGUGGUGGAGAUGUAGCAAUGCUGGAGCUAACAGGACAAAACUUUACUCCAAAUCUACGUGUGUGGUUCGGUGAUGUCGAGGCUGAGACCAUGUACAGGUGCGGAGAAAGCAUGCUCUGCGUAGUUCCUGACAUCUCGGCGUUCCGUGAGGGUUGGCGAUGGGUGCGGCAGCCGGUGCAGGUCCCAGUAACGCUGGUCAGAAAUGACGGUAUCAUCUAUUCCACAACGCUCACGUUCACGUACACGCCUGAACCCGGUCCUCGUCCACACUGCAGCGCAGCCGGAGCUAUCCUGCGAGCGGGCAACACCAGUUUGCUUUCAACGACCGGUAACAGCACGGGAGGGAAUGGAGAAACAGCACCUUACGGCACCAACAGCACGACUAACGCCGUCACAGCGUCGUCGUCUAAUGCACCCGCAGCUUUGGUGUUAUAACACAUGCAGCAACGCUUACAAACUUGCAACAUCCGAUGUGUGAAAAAAAUUACUACAUUACAAACUGUUUGAAAAAGUGCUGCAUAUUGAUUUUAAGAAUAACAUCCCUUGACAGAGGAGACGGAAAUCAAGGAUUUCGCUAAUUUAUGGGGGAAAACCUGUGGCAAGGACAAAAUAUUUGAUAUAUGGUUCUCCUGUGCCCUCUAGUGGAUUUCUCCAAGGAGCCGGUCUGGUGCUAGCAAUACAGUAGACAAUGCCUGAGAUCAGACUCCUUAUUGGCAGAACACCAGCACCUAUUAAAAGGUGCAGAAGAGACCACAGCAAUGAUACAUCAGCAAUGUAAAAAAAAAAAAAAAAAAAUGCAUCAAUUGACAUUCUGUUUCUUCCCUUCCGUUUAGUCUCUUGUUUCUUCCUUCUGGUCUGAAUGUGUGAUUGGGCAAGAUGUAUCAUAGCCUGGAAGGUUUAAACUCUUCAAAAAAGGGUCGCAUUUAAAUUGUGAAAAUAACAGUUUUUAUGGACCAAGGAUAUUGUAUAAGCUUUUGUGAAGGUACAUUUUACUCCAUACCUUUUUAACAAAUAGUAUGCUUUUGUUACCAAAUAGGUUCUAUUCUUCCUGAGGUUUCACCUUUUUGUUGUUUGUCCAUUUGACUUUUGUAUAUAGCUACUUUCAUGUUGUUUGACAAACAUCUGUUUGCUCAGAUCCAUCGGUUUUGAUACUUUGUAUUUUUCUAAUAUCGUUUUUUUUUUUUUUUUUCUCAGUUCGAUUUAGUUGUUAUAAUUUUGCAUUUGGGAGAAACUCAGAGGGCCUAUUUUUUAUCAUUCUUUUUUUUUUUUUUUUUUUUUUGUAAGUCUUUAAAAAGAAAGAGCUUUAAGCAAUGCCUCUGCCUUGUCUGCAUUACAUUAUGCGCUAUGCUUCCUUUAAGCAUUUCAUCGACAUCUCACAAAAGGAACAAUGCCAUCUUCCUAUGUCUUAUUUGGGAAUCUAAACCAGAAACCAUGCGAUACACUGUAUAAUAUAGAUGCCUAUUAUAGGUCAAAACGGUAGCCAUAGUGUAGUACAUCUUGUAUGUUCUAGAGCACACGUAGGUUGUCACAUAUCAAUAAUCGAAAAAUUGCGCUGCAGUUGGAUGUUUUUAAUAUGAAAGUUCGUACAAGAGUUAAGACUUCUACCAUUAUCCAUUUAAGUGAUGUUUUGUAAUGUUUCUUUUGAAAAAAUCCAUUUUUUGUCUUCCAAACUUACAUUUGCAUUUUGUAAAAUUGUCUAAAAAAAUGAGUGAUUUGGAGAUAUACUCUACCAUUAGAUGUGGCCUUACUGUAAGGGUUCCAGGUUCAGUUCACCCCUUUAAAAAGGAGGUUGUCAAACCUGACCGGUGGAACCAAGCCUUGCAUUUUGAACAUUUUACAUGGGAUUUUUGAUAUUUAAACGUUGCUCCCUAAACGUUCUUUCGUUCAGAUUGAAAAGAUUUAAAUGUGUUUUAGAAAUGAACAUACCCAAAGAUAUUAUAUUGCAUUGUUGUCUCUCUCUUUUUUAAUAUUUGAAGAGUAUUUAGGGAUUUGUGGCCUCUCGCUCUCCAAACGUAGGAAGCUUUACUCCAUUGGUCAUUUGAUUUGUUUAUCGUGGCCUUGGUGAGACUAGAAUUAAUAGCAAAAAUAAAACUAGCCGUAAUUAACUCAUCAACCAGCACUAAUAGUGUUUUGUGACUUUCUUUUUUUAUGUACAGUAAUUUAACUUUUGAAUUGUAUGUCUACUUGUAAAAAAAAAAAAAAAAGAAAGAAGAAGCUAAAACCUAAAGUAUACUUCAGUUCUGACGCGAACGCUUAGCGUCUGCGUACAGUCGAAUGCGAGCCUUUCGAAAUAUACUUCAUUUGCCUGCACGCACAUACACAGAUGGUUACCGCAUGUGCACUAUGACUGCAAUGAGAUACUAGACUAUUUUUCAUCAGAAGUUUAGACACGAAGAUGUCUUCAUAUUCCUUCAGACUCGAGUUUUACAAAUGCAGGUCUCUCCAGACCUCCUAACACAGGUGUUUACUGUUGUUGUUUCCAGCUUCAUCUCCUGUUGUUUAGCGGUGAUUACAUCUUCAACGGCUCAAAUAAUUCCAUGCGCAUACUGCGCAUUCAAAGACGUGGUUUCAAAAAGCGGGCUGCGCACGUUCAGUGCUCGAGCACUCUGCUGAUGACGAAAUUUGCGUCACACAUCCUGUACGCGAACUCUUGCGCCGGGUUCACACAUCCUCCGUGAGCGAGGUGCGAGCGGCGGGUUUUCGUUUCGCCGCCCAUAUUAACAGACUACACCAUUUACAUUGCAAGCGUGAGUCGCGAGGUGACGCAUCCCAGAAGCGUCCCAGAUGCGGCAGUGAGCGGAUAGGCUCAACGCUGAAACUAUUUUUGCCGCGUGGCUCAUGCUGAGCCAAGGGCAUAGCCAGGAAAUUACUUUUGGGUGGGCCUCAGUAAAAAUGGAUGGGCCAAGUCAAUUUUUUUAAUCCAAAUUUUCCGUAACAAAAGAGAAGCGGCACAAUCAAACAGUUCUUUCACAUUUUCAGUAAUCAGAAUUUAUGCAUUUUUCAAAUGAUUUUAGAAAUAUAUAUUUGAAGUCAAAGAAUAAUCUCUAAUAUUCUGGGUGGGCCUGGGUCCACCCCAGCCCACCCUUGGCUACGCCACUGAGCUCAACAGCUCCGGUUGCAGUACAACAGUAAAAUAAUCAGGAGAUUAUAGAAAAGACACAAAAGCAAAUGAAAAUUAUUCAAACCGAACCUAUAGUACACUACAGUUUAUAUGUCUUCAUGCAAGUAAACUGAAUAAAAUAACUUAAUAAAGGAAAUAAUUAAUAAACUGCCGGACCUUUUGCCAUUCAGUGUAUAUUGAUGAACAGUAUAGACAACAUUAACCAAUCACAACCAAGUGUGCUGAUAAAGAUGAAGUGCACGUGACUGCCCGCUGUUGUCCUUGAAGCAACAAUAACCUCAGCUUAUGACCUUAUUAAAGAAAAACCUUGCCGUAGGACCCCAUAGAUAACUUUAUUUUCUGCGCAGAGGCAAUGCUGUUUCUCGUAGAUGAGACGCGGCCAGUGUGAACGUCCAAUACGACUGCCCCGCUCGGAGGAUGUGUGAAUCCGGUGUCAGCGUUCGCGUCAGACUGAAGUAAACUUUGGGCUUAAAAGAAAGAAAAACCACCUUCAGCUAUUUUGUUAUUCUUUUUCAGUGUGUUUGUGUCUAUGGCUCUUAACGCAGUUAUGUCCUUUUGGUGUAUCCUGUCAGAACAGUUGGGUGUUUAGUGUCCAAAUUUGUUUGAACUUUUAUAUGUUACUGUCCUGAUAGUGAACAGACAUCGUUGGACUAGAAACAUGGAAGUUACUGGCCUAUAAAUGUGUCUCUCUCUCUCAAAGAUGUAAGCAUACAGCAAUACUGUAUAGGUCACUUUGUGUGUCUUGGUGUGUGGAAAUAGCCACUGAUUUUCACCAGCCUGAUCCACAGUUUAUGUGGUCAUGAAGAACAGCUGGCUCAACUGGAGUCAUAUUCACUUUCUUUUACACUUGUUCAUACUAAUUUAGUCCGACACCUUUUUUGGUAGAUUUUUAGAUUUGUGUUGAUCCUACACUGUCUUCCUAACUUGGAAAAUCUGUAGUGUAGUACAUGUCGUUGACCUGUCAAAAAGGCAAUACUCCAGCAUUGUAUGUAGUAUAUUUCUGGGAAAAAACUGUAACUUGAAUGUUUUUUGCAAAAAAAAGUUCACUUAUUGCCUCCACUAGUUUUCUUUUAUACCCCUUUUCUGCUAAAAAUGUCUUUAUCCUUGGCGUCCUCUUCGCAAAAAUCUUCCACGAGGUAGAUUUAGCUUCUGAAUUCUUGAAGAUGCCCUAAAACUCUUGCACUCGGUUUGCCAGAAUUUUUUGCAUAACAAACCAUACUCGACUUUUAUUUUAUCAUAUACUUGCAAUAUCAAUUGCACACUUCCAUUUCGGGGAAAGAAUGGACACAUUUAUGCAGAAGUUUUCCCAUUAUAGGCCAUAUGUCAGCAAUGUUGAACUUCCACAAUAAACAGUCCGUUUUAGUUCCUCACAUUUGAUGUUGUCUAAGUUUUUUGUGGAGGAAAAAAGUGUCAUUGUGAGAGCUUACCAUAAAAUGUGGUAUUGUAUUUUUCUAUUGUUUUAUUUUUUUAAUUAUUUUUAAAAUGCUUCCCUUGAUUUAUAUGGUUUCCCCACACCAAAAAGAAAGAAAAAUUGCUUUAAGCCAGUCCGCCUUGAAAUGUGACAGCAUUGUUGAAACAGUUCCUACAUAAACUAAAGAAAGCUGUUUGUCAUUUAAGACCCAUUUAUCCACUUUGACUUUAUCAUGUGUUUUUGUUUGCAUAGCACAAUAUAUCGUCAUUUACACAUUUUUAAACCGUUUGGUCACUCUGAAUGCUGCCUAUGUUCCACAUUUUGUUUACAUUGUGGUAAAGUGCAUUUUUUUUGCUCUCUGAACAAACCAAUUGACAAUCUUGCUGUUUUUUACUGUUUACAUUGAUUUUUAUUUUAAGGUGUUGAGCUUUAGAAUGAAGGAUUUGUUCAAUCCCAUAUCUGAAACUGACAUUGUUAAACUUUGUAUUUAAAUUGACUGGAUGACACAUUUUUAGUUCCAAUUCUAGUUAUUUUCAGUCAAUCAUUAAAUCAGUUGAAGAGGUCAAACAUUGUUUUUAUUUAGUGUCAGAGGCAUGUAUAUAUGGAUUAUGUACCGAGCCUUAAAAACACAUUUAAUGGCAAACCUGAGUAAACAAAUGAUCUGUUUUAUAUUAGUGUGUGAUCGAUUUUCAGAGUCAGCUGGCGUCAUUUCUGUGUUUCUGCUGUUUUAUAUCUCUCAUUGAACUCUUCCAAAAAAAAUAAAUCUCUUUUUUUUUUUUUCUAAAUGAGCUCUGAUCAAUGUAAAGGUGAUGAUAGGUGUAUGUCGUCUAAUAUGCCAAAUGUCUUAGACUUGCUUAUCAAACAUGGCACGAGAUGCAGCUUUUCAAAAAUACCGCAAUAGUUAUGAAGAAGAGGAUGGAGGGGGGAAAAAAGAUAAAGGCUUACAUCACACCGUAGUAAUACAUACUGGUAAUUGUAAAACCUACUCUUUUACAGAAUUUCAUGUUGUGUUCAUAUUCAAUGACUAAAUAGCAAGAGCUUGAAUUGGUCAUAAUGUUAUCUUGCUUUGCCAAAAUUUUAAUUAGGCCACCACGUUUUCCAUUUGCCAUCAAGAAGGUACAGAGUUAACACUUCAUUGCAAAGUAAUACAACUGUAAUCUUUCCACUAUUUUUGCACUUGGAGUAAACCACUUGUGUCACAUUUGAUUAGUUGUUUAGAAAGUGUAAAGUUCACUUUUCAUGUACAGAAAUUCUGGUGUGCCUAAUUUUAUGCUCUGUGCUUGGCUUUAUGUGUGCACUUCCUCCUCCACACUUCUUAAAGGGAUAAUUCACACAAAAAUGAAAAUUGAUUUUUAGAAAAAUAUAUCAGCGCUGUAGGUCCAUACAAUGCAUGUAAAUGGUGGCCAGAUUUUUGAAGGUCCAAAAAAUAUAUUAAGGCAGCAUAAAGGUAAUCCAGAUGACUCCAGUGGUUAAAUCCAUAUCUUCAGAAGCGAGUAGGUGUGGGUGAGAAAUAGAUCAAUAUUUAAGUCCUCUUUUACUAUAAACUCUCCUCCCUGCCCAGUAGGUGGUGAUAUGCACGAAGAAUGCGAAUCGCCAAAAAGUGAAAUUGGAGAUUUAUAGUAAAAAGAACUUAAAUAUUGAUCUGUUUCUCACCCACACCUAUCAUAUCCCUUCUGAAGACACGGAUUAAACCACUGGAGUCGUCUAGAUUACUUUUAUGCUGCCUUGAUGUGCUUUUUGGUCAAGGUUCUGGUCACCAUUCACUUGCAUUAAACUGACCUACAGAUCUGAAAUAUCCUUCUAAAAAUCUUUGUUUGUGUUCUGCAGAAGAAAGAAUGUCAUACACAUUUGGGAUGGCAUGAGGGUGAGUAAAUGAUGAGAGAAUAUUCAUUUUUGGGUGAACUAUCCCUUUAACUUUUCACUUCCUGUUUGUCUGUAAGUCAGUCUUCUGUUUGUUUCACUUUUGCUCUUUUUCCUUCUCAGUCUGUUGUAGUUAUACUAUUCAGAGGUAUCAGUAUGGUAGCAAUCUCUGUCCUUCAUGGGCACUGAUGUUAGGAUCAUGUGCCCUGCGUGAACCAAGGGGGCAGUUUAAAAAAAAAAAAAAAAAAAAAAAAAAUAUUUUUCAUUUGUCUGAUUGAUUUUGUACAUAUUGCACCUGCUCAGUGCCAUAUGUGAUGAAAUAAUAAAACUGCAAUAUUGGCAUAAAAAAAAAAAAAAAAACUAAAUAAAAGUGAGAUUUAUUUCCUUUG